CCAAAGACAGUCGUCCCCUGUGCAAGUUUUUUAUAAUUUACGCAUUGUGCGGCGCAUAAACUGUCGCAUGGUGUUAUCUUGUCUAUUUCCAAAAAGAGCUAAUGAGCCUGGGAAAACCAUGUUGAAAAUGGUUUAAUGGAAACUAGGCUAAUAGUUGCCUUCCUUAUUCAAAAUCGAUCAAUUGGCGGUGGUGUGCGUUUGCGCAGGUUCUGUUGCUUGGGUUGCGGUGACUACGAAUGGGGAAUUGAUGAGGGUCAGAAACGCGGUUUGAGUCGGAGGUUGGGAAAUCAUUUAAACAAUCUGACACCUAAAUUUUUUUUUUUCAUUGCACACGGUGCUUUUAACUUGGCCGGAGUGAAACAUUGUUGUCAUGCAGCGCUUUGGAGAAUUUAUUUUCGUUUAGGGUCAACGAGAAUGAGACUAAAAGACGAUUUGCUUUUCUUGGGUUUUUUCAUGCUAUUUGUUCUUUUAAAAGCACGGAUCCAAACAAUCACAUUCCAAAAAUGACCGUUAUCGAAUCCGCUUGUGUAUCAAGGUAAGAUUAAAUAAACAAUCUUUUACGAUUUCCCUCGAUCUCUUUUGACCCACCAACCUGUGGUUUCAUUGAUACUCAUUUUUCACGGUCAAUUGACAGAGAUCCAGUUCAGUAUGUAAGAGUAAA